UUUGGUCUAAAGUUUUGUUAAAUAUUAAAACUCAUUUCUUGAUCUUCCAAGAGCUCCUCAGUUCAAAAUGUCUCACGGGAAAUAAACUUUUUUCUGUGUGUUGUUGUUUUCUUGUAUUAUUGAAUACACAUACAAUCUUAUAUUUGGUAUAACAUGUGAUGAGAUCUCCUCACAUCAUCAUUCCACUUCUUCUCUUCUUCUUCCUUUCUCUAGUCCUUCAAAGCCAUCAAAGAACCACUGAUCAAACUCAUCGGAUCGGCUCCACUGAUCAACACGUCAGUGAUGUGGCGGUGACUUCGCCAGAAGGGACAAGAAAAGAGAAGUUUAGAGUUCGGCGGCCCAUGACCACAUGGCGGAAGGGGAAGAUGCUCAAUGACAAUGAACACGGGGUCCCAAGUGGUCCAAAUCCCAUCUCCAAUAGGUAGAAAUGUGUAAUAUGUUUAUUACAGAGCUUGUUGUAUGAAUAUUUUGCCUAGUAUUCUAGUGUAUCUCUUUGCUUA